CCUGACUCUGAUCACCUCACUCGUGGGUAUUAUUUUUGAAUGCUAUGUCACAGGAAUUCUUUUAUUCCUCUUCGACCUCUUAUCACUCUUCGACCCCAUCGCUCCAUCACCUCGUUUUCAAUUAUCGGUUGGAGUCAAGCAAGUUAUAGAAAACUUGGUCGGAACACUCAACAGUCGAUCAACUUACAUUUCCAUAGACCGCAACUGCCGAUCGUCUAUCCCGUUACGGUCACCUCAUAUCACUUUCAAACAUAUCACUUGCCUUUUGGAAACCUCAGGUUCAUCCUCUAUCUGCUGCAUAUAUGGCAAACUCUACCAAUGAUGGAAAUAAGAAGGCCCUCCUCAUUGCAGUCCGAUCUGUGAAUAAAAAAAGCUUCCUUAAGCCUUUGCAACAUGCACACGAGGACGCCGAAUCGCUCAAAUGCCUCCUUAUCGAUAAGUUCGAUUACCCCGAAGCGAAUGUUGUCUUGAUGAAGCAUGAUGCGGAGCACCCAGAACAUCUCUGGCCAUCACGGAACAACAUACUUAAGCAAAUCACCAAGAUGGUUGCAAAUGCAACCCCAAAUGACCAGUUUUUCUUCUAUUAUUCCGGUCACGGAAACCAAGUAACUUGCAAGCACCAUACGGAAACUGAUGGAAAGGACGAAGUCAUAUACGCGUACACUGGCCACUACAUAGUUGAUAACAAACUAAGAAAGGUACUGGUAGACCCUUUACCUCAAGGCAGUAAACUUUUUGUAAGAACAGGCACUGUUUGACUCUUGCCACUCUGAGACGAUUUUGGACCUGGAGCACUACAAAUGCAAUAAGUUAUUGUCUGGAGACGUUGUGAGAACUCGACGAAAGUCAU